AGUACGCACCCAAACAUGAACCGCGUUUUCAGUCUGAAGAUGUGAGGUGGGUUGCAACCAACGUGCUGCGUCGGUCUAUGAUGCUGCACAUGCGCUGAACGGACGCCGCAGAAAACAUUGAGGGAUUACCAAAGACAUGGCGGCCAACAUCGAGCAAAUUUUUCGCGAUUUCGUAGUAAAUAAGAUAAAAGAAAUUGAAGAUGAGAGUCAAGAUAUCAUUCUGACAGAUGAAGGCCAUCCCAAUGGUAAAACUGCAGAAGGAGCAGAUGGGAUCAACAACACACAAGAUAAAGAUGGUGUAGCCAAUAAGGAAGAGGGUGCUGUCCCACAAAAGAAACACAAGAAACACAAGAAGCACAAGAAACACAAAAGCAAAAAGAAGAAACGUAAGGAAGAGAAAGAGAGCGGCUCAGAAUCAGCAGCAGACUCUGAUGGAGACAAGGCAAAGACUGGGGAAGAGGAUGACGGGAGAUCCAAGCGGCAUAAACGACAUUCUGGGAAGAAGAAGAAAAAAAAGCAGAAGAAAGAUGGUGACAAGUCCAACAGCUCAUCUGGGUCGGAGUCCGAGUCGAAGCCUCAGCCUGGGAACAAGGAGAGCAAACCUCAGGAUCUGCCUGAUAUCAUCCCUAAACUAGAGGAGAAGUGUCCGGAAAAGUCCUCCAGAUGCUCACGGUCUCGUUCGGGCAAGCGCAGGUCCAGAUCCAGGGACAGGAGAGGGAGAUCCAGAUCGAGGUCCGGUAGAAGACGUGGCGGACACACACGUUCCAGAUCACGGCACCGGAGGUCCGGGUCACAUUCUCGAAGGUCUGGGUCUGCCAGGAGAGGCAGGAGAACCCGGUCAAGGUCCCUCGUGAUCUUGAAGAAAGACAGACGGUCAAGAUCGAGAUCCAGAAGGCGAUCAAAAUCUAAGACGAGAUCUCAGUCGAGACACCGAGAGAUGAUUUCAGGAUCUCCCUCUCCGUCCAGAAACGACAAAUCCAAAUCCAGGUCUGCCUCAAGAGACAGCCAAUCAGCUGAGAAGAAUCCCUCUGCGUCCCUGGCUGAAGAUGAGUCUGCAGUGAAAGACGAAAACGUAAUGGUUCCUAUCGAUCCACCAGCCCUAGCUUCCGAAAGCAGCAUUGAGGGUGUUGUCAAUAUGGCCGCUCCCACUGGAGGAGGGUGGAAGCCAAUACCCUUCUUAGGGGACAGCAGUAAGGGAGAGCCAGCCGUUUCCUCCCAGCCCUCAGAAUGUCUGACGUCUCCACAGAAGUGCCCUAUUCCUCCUGAGGUACCUUCAUGUGAGCAGCAUGAGGCCUCCACUGACCACCAGUCAAUGUCAGCAUCUGAUCUGAACCUCAACAGCCAGCCAACUGGUGAGCCAGGGGAAUCGGAUGGACUUGUUACUUUAGACACCUUUGAUGGCUCUGUAGAUUCCUUACCCCCCAAAACGGAUGCUGAUGGAGGGGACAAGGUGACACCUCAGGGUGAAGAGCUGCCUGCCUCACCUCAACCUAAACCACAGCCAACAUCUGGAGAGGCAGAGACGACAGAGAAGGAAGGAGAAUCUUCAAAGUCCAGGUCUCCUUCAAAGAGGAAAAAGUCAAGGUCAAAGUCUCCUGAUCAGAAGAAACGGUCUGAUGCAAAGUCCUCCAAGAAGAGGAGGUCCAGAUCCAAGUCUCCAGGGAGGAAAAGGAAAUCAAGGUCUUCGUCGCCAAGCCGCAAGAGGAAGUCCAGGACUCCGUCUCGGAGGAAGAGGUCUUGCUCAAAGUCCGGGACGAGAAAGAAGAAAUCACGGUCCAAAUCCAGAACACGGAACAAGCGCUCGAAGUCUAGGUCACCGAAAAGGAAACGGUCCAAGUCACGGUCUCCUGCUCGGAGGUCAAAGAGAUCGAGGUCACGCUCUGGUUCGCGGCGGAGGGGUAGGGGUGCAUUCGGCAGCCACCAGCUGAGCCAGAGGGACCGCUGGAAGCGUGAGCCAAGCCAUUCCCCAGUCCUCAUCCUCCGCAAGAAGAGGUCUCCGGCACGCACCAACCGCGACUCCAGCAAAAGCCCGCCACGACUUACAGAGCUGGAUAAAGACCAGUUACUGGAGAUUGCUAAGGCUAAUGCAGCCGCCAUGUGUGCCAAGGCCGGGAUACCCAUCCCAGAGAGCCUGCGACCCAAAGCUGUCCUCCAGCUGCCUUUACCCAGCCCCAACAACCCCAUGUCCUUCUCCAUGCCCAUGAAUAUGAACAUGCCCAUGAACAUCCCCAUGAACAUGCCCAUGAACAUGCCUAUGAGCAUGACCAUGAAUGCAGCUAUGGCUAGCAUGACAGCUGCCACAAUGACUGCUGCCCUGGCCAGUAUGGGAUCUAUGGCCUCCAUGCACCAGAUGGCUCCGCUCCCCAGCAUCACCAACAAGCCCCCGCCAGGUCCCCCCCAGCCCAACAUGGCCACCAUCGAGGAUGUGAAGAGGAAGGUGGCCAAGCAGGCAAACAGCAUCAGCAUCAAGGAGUUCACUGACAAGUGUAAGAAGAUUGUGGAGAAGGGAGGGGAGCUGGCCCUCGCUGAACCCCGUAUAUCUGACGACGAGGAUGACGGCAAACCGUUUGGACGAGCCGCCCUGAGGGAGGUCAAGGGCAUCUCCUUCAGCCUCAAUAACGCAUCCGUGCGUCCGUCGCCGGCGUUGGCGGUUCGGAGCGAGGCGGCGUUCGCCAAGGAGUUCCCCGUGUCGUCGGGCUCCCAGCACAGGAAGAAGGAGGGCGACGGGGGAGGGGCUUACGGAGAGUGGGUGACCGUCGACAAGAAGGCGGAAAAGGCCAAGGUGGCGGCGACCAAGGCAUUGGCAACGGCUGCUAAGGAAACUUCGCCUGGGGAUGCGCCUUUGUCUGCGGUGUCCGUGGCAACGGAGGAGCCGGCGGUCGUCAAGGAGAGUGAUAGUGUGUUCCCGGAGCCGCCGCUACAGCCUGUAGACAUCACCCAGGCAGUCGGUGAGAGGAUGAAGGCCCAGAAGCGUCUGGCCGAGAACCCGCACGACGUCAGUGCCAUCUGCAUGCUCAGCCGUGCUCAGGAACAGGUGGAUGCAUGGGCCCAGUCCAACACCAUCCCUGGUCUGUUUACAGGUUCUACUGGAGCAACGGUGCUCAGCUCAGAGGAGCUGUCCAACAGCGGACCACAGGCCUGGAUUAAAAAGCAGGUGCAAAUGCAGUACUGACACCCGUCUACUAGUGGUGCUCUGGUCUGACACCCAUCUACUAGUGGUGCUCUGGUCUGUGCACUAAAUAGAGUCCCCCUCGGAGUCGGAAAAGGGACUAGGAGAAUGAGGGAGGGAGGGGAGGAAGAGGAGAGCUGGAAGUAAGUCUGCAGACCCCAGAACCCCCCCCUUGUCCUCUAGCACCCUAAGGCAAGGCAGAGAUUAUGGGUCCGUCUCAGUAGUCUAAAGAUGCUUCCUCGUCUCUUUCCUUGGAUUCACACUGAUCUCAGAACAGGGGAAAGGGAAAAACACUAUUCUUUCACCUAUCCUGCCUUUUCAGAUCAGGUCAGAUGUUAUUGGGGAAGUUAGGUGAGGAAGUAACUUUAGACUAUUCAGAUGCACCCCAAGACCGGUUACUAUAGUCUCUACCGUCACGGUGUCUCCCUAUCACUCCCCCACACCCAGUCACACAGAAUGUCAUCAGGCCCGGAAAUAACCAUAGUCGUUUGUUCUCUGUCUGUGGACCCCGUCUGAACCCUCCUACCCUGUAGUGUUUCUAUAGUGGGCUGUUUGAAGCCAGUGGAUGUAACUACCCCAAGCCUCCCUGAGCUCUGCAAACACACAGAGACAGGGGGCUACUGUUUUAAAUGACACGUCCUGAGGAAUCUCUCUCAGGAUAGGUUACACAUUGUCACAUAAUUUAGCAAUUGAGAGAGUGAUGGAUCUGCUGAGUUCAUUCUUCAUUUAAUAUGACACAUCCUUCACAUGCAGAUGCUAUGGGCAGAUGCCAUGGACAUAUGCUGUGGACAUGAUAUAGGGAUGAGAGUGCAUUGAUCAUACUAAUGUUAGUGACAUGCAUUUUGCUAGCAUUACAGCAGCUGACAUUGAUUUACAGCACGCUAGCAUUACAGCAGCUGACAUUGAUUUACAGCACGCUAGCAUUACAGCAGCUGACAUUGAUUUACAGCACGCUAGCAUUAUAGCAGCUGACAUUGAUUUACAGCACGCUAGCAUUACAGCAGCUGACAUUGAUUUACAGCACGCUAGCAUUACAGCAGCUGACAUUGAUUUACAGCACGCUAGCAUUACAGCAGCUGACAUUGAUUUACAGCACGCUAGCAUUACAGCAGCUGACAUUGAUUUACAGCACGCUAGCAUUACAGCAGCUGACAUUGAUUUACAGCACGCUAGCAUUACAGCAGCUGACAUUGAUUUACAGCACGCUAGCAUUACAGCAGCUGACAUUGAUUUACAGCACGCUAGCAUUACAGCAGCUGACAUUGAUUGACAGCACGCUAGCAUUACAGCAGCUGACAUUGAUUUACAGCACGCUAGCAUUACAGCAGCUGACAUUGAUUUACAGCACGCUAGCAUUACAGCAGCUGACAUUGAUUUACAGCACGCUAGCAUUACAGCAGCUGACAUUGAUUUACAGCACGCUAGCAUUACAGCAGCUGACAUUGAUUUACAGCACGCUAGCAUUACAGCAGCUGACAUUGAUUUACAGCACGCUAGCAUUACAGCAGCUGACAUUGAUUUACAGCACGCUAGCAUUACAGCAGCUGACAUUGAUUUACAGCACGCUAGCAUUACAGCAGCUGACAUUGAUUUACAGCACGCUAGCAUUACAGCAGCUGACAUUGAUUUACAGCACGCUAGCAUUACAGCAGCUGACAUUGAUUUACAGCACGCUAGCAUUACAGCAGCUGACAUUGAUUGACAGCACGCUAGCAUUACAGCAGCUGACAUUGAUUGACAGCACGCUAGCAUUACAGCAGCUGACAUUGAUUUACAGCACGCUAGCAUUACAGAAGCUGACAUUGAUUUACAGCACGCUAGCAUUACAGCAGCUGACAUUGAUUUACAGCACGCUAGCAUUACAGCAGCUGACAUUGAUUUACAGCACGCUAGCAUUACAGCAGCUGUCAUUGAUUUACAGCAUGCUAGCAUUACAGCAGCUGGACUGUGAUGUUUGUGUGGUUGUUGGGUGCCCCUAGCAACCAGUCCUGGUGCAUUCUGUUUCCCAGUAGAUGAGCAGGGUCUAGUUUUAGACCAGUCAGUGGUCUCCAACCCUAGUCCAGGCUGAGAGUAUAGUCGUAUAGGUUAGGGCUAUAACAAAAACCUGCACACUAGCUCCAGGAUCUCAAUUGGAGACCACUGCCUGAGGGAGAACUCUGUUCUGAGGGACCUAGGCUAGUUACAGGUGUCCAUGGACAUGCCUGUGCUCUUUCCCUUGCCCUGGGGGAGGCUGCGGUCAGAAGUUGCUCCUUGUCACAGAUCUGGGAUCAGCUUCCCUUCCGCAAAUCCUAACUCCAAGCUGACCUAGGUGUCUAGGGGCAACUUCAUCGCAGUCCUUGGGGCAGCCUGAGGAAGGGGUCGAUAAGAGGGGUCUGGAUUGGAGCAGAGGGAGAGAGGUGUAGGUUCACAGGGGUGACCUGUGAACUUUCACCUCUCUGUGUAUUGGACACUUGUUUCAGGGUCAGUCCUUGUAGCUGUCCUUGUUGCCAUGGCCACAGUCAGGCCCCCCUCUCAUUUCCUGUUUGAUGCUGGGCCGGUGAUGAGGGGCUAGGUACGUACACCACACAGCGCCUUACUAUACAUCUUGUGUAACCGUGUGUGUGUGUGAGAGAGAAGAUGUGUGUGAGACAGAGAGAAAUGAGGUGUCAAGGCACAGCACCCUCUUAUUUACCUACAUGUGGUAUAAUGUGUGAAGAAAUAAGUCUCUCGGCUGUGUCUUGAGUUUCACCACAGAAUUUAUUUAAUUUCAUCUGUACUCUUAUUAAUGUGUUUUGAAGUUUCUCUAGAAAGAUUCUCUCAAACGCACGUUUUUCAAAAGCUGCCACCACAGAUAGUUAUUUUUAGUAUUUCACAUAGGGGAAGAGAUUUACUACAGACAGAGGAACACACACACUCACCGUUAACUGUUAUCCAGAGGCAUGUGAUUUGUCCUGAAGGUAGUCUCUAACUCAAGUCUGACUGUGACAGUGGUGUGACUGGAUGAGAGAGAGUGAGUGGAUGAGGUGGUUGAGAUGUUUUCAAGGUGGAAACUAAUUAUCUGCUUUCGCCUCUGCCUCUUCCUCUCCCCUCCCUCUUCACUCUCUCUCUCCCUCGUCUCCUCUUCCUCCUCACUCCAUGGUUCUCUUCUGUUAUUCUCCUCUCUCCCUCCCUUCUCUCCUGCUGCUCUCUCUCUCUCUCUCUCUCUCUCUCUCUCUCUCUCUCUCUCUCUGUAGGACCAGUUCUUGCGAGCAGCCCCGGUGUCGGGAGGUGUAGGGGAGUUUCUCAUGAGAAAGAUGGGAUGGCGGACAGGGGAGGGGCUAGGGCGACACCGUGAGGGCACCGUCGAGCCAAUCAUCAUCGACUUCAAGA